AUGAUUAUGAACUCGAAUGUAGUUUACGGCGGUGCAAUGCCGUGUCACAGUGGCAUCGGCGGCGCAUCCGGUGCCACCGCAGACUACCACCACCACCAUCAUCAGGGCUACAACCACCAUCACUUUGGGGGUGACAUUGCCAGCUACUACCCACCACCGCCACCUCCAACCAGUGAUCUGCUGCUGAAUGGCGGUGGAUCAGCACAGCACGGCACUCUGCCCGUCUCCAGUACGCCUCCAGGCAGCACCCAUUACUCACCACCGGGUCCAUUUCACGGAUCGGGUGGUGGGGGAGGCGGAGGCGGUUCCCUGCACGGCAAUGGCCCUUUCUCCGGUGAGCCCGUCAUCUCUGAACCAAAUGGCCUUAGUUACACAAACCUCGACAACCUGGGCGGCGGUGGUGUGGGCGCCUACGGUCCCAAUGCCGCUAAUUCGGGCCUUUCUCACUCGCAUUUUUCUCGCAUCAGUCAGUACAGUGCCCCGCAAGGGCCAGUCACGGCGCACAGUACUUCGCAAUGUUCCUCGCAGCAGUUGUCCGCCAACUCGACGCCCACUUCCAAUCACAGCAACCUCUACUCGCAACCCUACCGGGAGUAUGGUUCCAGUAGUGAACAACAACAACAACAACAACAACAACAGGCGACCUCCAGUCCAGUGCCCGCUAGUGUGAAGAGUGAAUACGGCUCGGGCAGUUCGGUCACUCCGAAUGGCACACCCGGCUCCUCACUUCACCACGAGAAUGCCCAUCUGAUGUCGCCCAUCACUCCUGUUCCGCAAUAUAAAUGGAUGCAAGUGAAGAGGAACAUCCCUAAACCGCAAGCAAGCAAACCAGUCGAAUACGGUGGCUACGGCGGUGGUUCGCCAAACUCUGCCGGCUCCUUGAACAGCAUCGCCGCUGUGAGCGGCUCCUCGCCAUCAAGUCUCGGGGCAGCUGGCGGCAAUAACGCCGCCAAUAAUAACACCGGCCGAACCAACUUCACAACGAAACAGCUGACUGAACUGGAGAAAGAAUUCCACUUCAACAAAUACCUUACCCGGGCAAGGCGCAUCGAAAUUGCCACCUCGCUGCAGCUGAACGAAACGCAAGUCAAAAUAUGGUUUCAGAACCGACGAAUGAAGCAGAAGAAGCGCAUGAAAGAGGGUCUUAUUCCCUCUGACUCGACCUCACCGCCGCCCCACUCUGCCGGUCUGUCCAUCCACUCGGACUCGUCCAAUCCGGCAUCAACAUCGCCCAAGCUUAGCGACGGCAGCUCUACACUGUGA